ACUGGUUGUCCACAACACAGAAAGUACAUUCUGAUCCGUGCAAAUUCCUCACCAAAAUGCUUAUUCCCAAGGAGAACCGCAAGGCCAUUCACCAAACUUUGUUCCAACAAGGUGUCCUCGUUGCCAAGAAGGACUUCAACCUUCCCAAGCACCCCGAAGUUGGUGUCCCCAACUUGCAAGUCAUCAAGGCUUGUCAAUCCUUGGACUCCCGUGGUUACAUCAAGACCCGUUACAACUGGGGCUACUUCUACUACACUUUGAACAACGAGGGUGUUGAAUACUUGCGUGAGUACUUGCAUCUUCCUGCUGAGGUUGUGCCCGCUACCCACAAGCGUCAAGUUCGUGCUGCCGCUCCUCGUGCCACUCGUCCUGAACCUCGUGAGCGCGCUGCUGCUGAUGCUGGUUACCGCCGUGCUGAAAAGAAGGAUGAUGGUGCUGCCCCUGGUGGAUUCGCUCCUUCCUUCCGUGGUGGAUUUGGCCGUCAAGUUGCCGCCUAAGCAGAAAAAGUUUAAUAUAUUUUACUGAAAAUGCAAUACAAUUGGGAUUUGUAUCUUGCGAUACGCUUUUUAUACGAUCGUA